AUGGCAAAAAUAAUAGAAGGAUUAGAUUUGUUAAAUAAUGAUGAUAUUAAAAAGAAACUGAAACAACAUAUAGAUAAAAAUCAUCUUAUUGGGUUUCCAACAGAAACAGUAUAUGGUUUAGGAGGUAAUUCAUUAAAUGAGGAUUCUUUAAAAAAUAUUUUUAAAAUGAAAAAUAGGCCAGUAAGUGAUCCAAUUAUAUCCCAUGUAUGUGAUAUAUCACAAGCUUUUGAACAAUUAUAUCAUGUUAAUAUUUUUGAAAAAUAUAUUAUUUAUAUAUUGAAUAAAAAAUUUUGGCCAGGACCAUUAUCAAUUAUAGCCAAAGCAAAAAAAAAUGUUCCAUUAAUAUUAACAGCUCAUACAAAAUUUUGCGCUGUAAGGUUACCUAACAACCUGAUUGCAAGGGAAAUUAUAAAAAUCUGUGAAACUCCUAUUGCUGCUCCAUCAGCAAAUAAAUUUCAACAUAUUAGUCCAACUACGUCUCUUCAUGUUUUUGAGGAAUUUAAAAAUGAGAAUAUACUAAUUUUUGACGAUGGACAAUGUGAUGUUGGGAUAGAAUCAACUGUUAUAAAAAUUACAAAAUUUAAAAAAAAAAAAAACGUAAACUCAGAAAAAAUUCAUAAGAAUAUUGAUAAUGAAAUAAAUGAUAUACAAGAAAAAAAUAUUUUGUGCAAUACUAUCUCUGAUGACCUUAAUUUUAAAAAAAAUGAUGAACAUGAUCAUAAUUAUUCUGAGGAUGAAAUUACAACAGAUGAUGAAUAUGAUAAUGAGUAUAAAGAGGAACUGAAAGUUUUGUGCCAAUUAACAAACUCCAAUAACUCUGAUUCAAAUAAAGAAAUGUACAUGAAAUUAAAAAGUAUAUUUGAAAAUAUUGAGAGUGAUAAAAAGAUACCAGAUUAUAUACUUCAACAAAUUUUAAAAUAUAAAAGAUUAUACAAUUACAAAAUUAUAAUAUACAGAAGAGGUAAAUAUACUAAAAACGAUAUUGAAGAAGUUCUGAAAAGUAACAAACUUUUAGAAAAUAUUGAAGUUGACUUGUAUAAGAAAAUAAAAUUUGAAGAUCUUGAUAUAUUUCAAAAAGAAAGUAAAAGUCAGAACAACCCUAAUUUUAAAAUAAUUGAUAAAAAUAAUGAUAUAAAAAAUGAAAACACAAAUAAUCAAAGACAUACAAAUUUUUUACAAAAAACUGAAGAUACAAAUCUUGAAAAAAAUGAGGUUAGUCCUGGCCUUUUAAUAACUCAUUAUAGUCCUUUUGUUUCGACAUAUUUAAUUGAUAUAAUUUUAAAAAUAGAAAAUUAUAAUGUGAACAAUAAUUUGUCAAAUAUUCAAUUGAAUAAAUGCAUAUUUUUAGAUAUAGGAAACUCUUUUAUUGAUUAUCAAAAUAAUUUUUUAAAAUAUAUAAAUAUAUAUUAUGAUAAUUUACCUAAGGAAGAACAAAUAAAAUAUGUAACAAAAAAUUUUUUUUUAUUUUUAAGAAAAGCAGAAACAUUAGCUAUAAAUAAUAAAGCUGAAAAUAUUCUUAUAUCAGUAGUUAAUUUGAAAUUAUGUGAUGAAAUAUAUUUAUCAAUAUUUGACAGAAUUUUUAGAUCAGCUUCUGGGAAAAUUUUAAAAGCAUAUAUUAACAAUGAUAAAUUUCAAAUUUUUAAUAAUUAA